UGGAGAAGUUGCAUGAAGCGUGUGGUUCCAACUGAGGACUUUCCCAUCAGACCAUGGAGAACCAGAAGCAGUGGUAGAAGAAGAGGAAAAAGAGGAAAAAGCCUGCUGCUGGAUGAACAGGAGACCAAAGUUUCAUUGAGGGAUUACUAGACUCUUCAUUUGUGUGCACAUGUCAUGGUGAUCUCCUACAUGAGCGUCUCUCGUUGACAGGAGCUCCUCUGUGUCUUGGAUUUCUCCAGGAUCAAAGUUUGUUUUCUGAGCAGACGGUGUGUGAAUGAAGUUUGCGGAAGCAGGAAACAUGUCAAACGGACGUUUCAGUCACCUGUUGAGGGGAGUUUGGCUGCUGUGGCAAGCUGUGUUUGUGGCUGGAAAUGGGAGCAAACUAUGGGAAGUGCCUGCAACGUCCUUUACUUCCCCCUCAAACCACAGUGUGAGCCUGCAGUGGGAGCAUGGCUGUCAGUACCGCCACCUACAGGACAAAGUGAGGAUCACAGCAGAUACCCCCCCAAAACUGGAUGGCACAUGGGUGUCAACAAGAUGUGAAGUUCGACCAGGUCCAGAGUUCCUGACACGCUCCUACACCUUCCACCCCAGCCGUCACUUCCAGGCCCUGCAGCACUAUUACACAGACAGCAGUUGCGAAGACCCCACCUACUCCCUGAUGAUCAGGGGCAAACUACGUCUACGUCAAGCCUCCUGGAUCACACGAGGGGCCACAGAAGCUGAACAUCACCUCAAUAAGGUUGGCAUCGUGGUCCACAGCCUGGCAGCAAAGCAGAGGCUGACCUCCAGGCUGCCUCAGGCCUGUGUGGGUACGACUCUUAGUCGAGUGAUGCCAGGGAAACUUUACGAGCUGUAUAACACCCGGGCAGGAAGGGGGUGUCUGGCCGCACUGGGAUUCUCUAUGUUGGAGAUGGAACUGAUUCGGGUGGAGACGCAGUAUCAUAGUCAUGGAGGGAAGGUCCAAGAGCUGUUUUUAGGAGACGUUCACACUGACUGGACUCAGAGGACUCUGUACAGACCUACAGGGUAUCAACAGCCACUGCAGAACGCCAUGCAUCACAUCCACCCCUGCCCUGUUUGUGCCUUGGUGUAUCGCUCCUCAGAGCAGCGCCCCCCGGUGUUGCCCCGCACCCCUUUGGCUCCUCUGUCUCUUGCAGGACGCUGGAUCAGCCAGCACUGUGAAACUCACCCCAACAUUCUCUUCCUCACCAGGGACUUCACCUUCAGUCCUGACCAACAUGCAUGGGAGGGCGUCUACCGGCAUUACUCAGACCCUACCUGCUCUCAGCCCACAUUCACUCUCAGGGCCAUGGGCCACUAUGCUCAAGGAAACCCCUCCAUCAAGAUCCCAGGGGCCACUGAGUUUGUCUUCAAGGUCACAAAGGUCAAAGUCACAGCUGAAGAGGAGUCAACCGCAAAGUUGUUGAAUGGGACAAGGCCAGGAAAGUGUGGUCGAGCCGGAGGCUGGGAGGUCGGGGUGGAGCAGGACUUGACCCCCACAGCUGGGUGCAACCUGCUGGGCAUCAAACUACCACACAAAGAGUACGAGCUCUUCAAGACUGAGCUGGACCACAGGAAACAUCCGCUGCUGUUUAUUGGAGAGAGACCCACUGAUGGGUCCAAUCCAGACCGACCACAGAGGAGACCCACCUCCUUUCAGGCUCCUAUGAUGCUUUGCAGUGGUGGGGAGACGCAUCCCUCACAACGCUAUGGAUUCAGCAGCAAACAAGUUCAGUCAGCAGCCAGUGGGACACAGAGACUGGCACAGCUGGUGUCACUGGUGCUGGGGUGUGUUCUGUUCAGCUGUUUGUGUUGGUUUUAGAGACACUGCAGCAGAAUCAAGUCUGUUACACAGCUGAAGUCAGUGAGGGACACGAUUCUCUGGCAGCUGUCUUUCAGUCUUCUUCCAAAUGAUGUCGACCAUAUGUGUGAUGGUCAAAAAACUUAUGAGACACUCAGGAGAGCUGGAUUAUUUCUGGAAAUCUGGCUUUCAUAUGCUGCCUGUAGCUUCACUUUAAUGACUCCUAACUUCAACAGCAUUUCUACCUAAAACUAAUCUGUAUAUAAACAAUUGAUUUAUACAAGGGCCGUCAUUUGAGCAUGUAAAAUAUAUAUUAUUUUAAACUAUUUCUGUUGUAUAAUGAUCAGAUGUUCUCGUUUAGCACAUUGAUUCAUUUUACUUGUGUCUGACUCAGUAACUUCAACACCAGAACUGAAAGCUGUGGACAUUCCAGCAUGUGUGACUCAAGACUUCAUUUUUAAAACAAGAUGCAGUAUAACUAAUGCACUUUGUACAGAACAUUGUAUCCUUAAAACUGGAAAGAAAGCUGACAAGUACAAAAAAUGUAUUAGGCCUUCUAAUAGCUGCCAAAUUCAUUGGUCUGAUGCCACUGUUGUUAAAUAUUGUCCUGUCUCUUCUCUUUUUUAAAAGCCUGUUUAUUAUCAUAAUUUUCUAUCAGCAGUCAAACCAAACAAAUCAAAUAAAUAUUUAUUUUAACCAUUUAUACUAAGACUUUUGAUAAGAGAAAGGUUUUGAUCUAAUGCUUCAGUUAUUUUUGCCAUUUAAGCAGUGAUUGUUUUCUAUGUUUAUUAAAAUGGCUUUUCAUAACAAUUGUGUUCAGUAAGUCAUUAAACAAAACUAAGUGUUCAGCUUUGCUUGGAGCUCUGUAAGGUUGAACUUUUUGGACGCUUCUAAUGCAAACAGCCAAAAGACACCUGAUUAUACAUUUAAAGCUGCAAUCCCCUUUA